AUGUUGCGGCGUAGUCUGUUACAUUCGGUCCGUCGGACAAGCAAAUACAACAGCUAUGCCACACCCAGACUCGCAAAGUUUGCGACAGGCUGUAGUCGGCAGGCCGAUGUGCAGCUCACGAUAGAUGGAAAGGAGGUUUCAGUCGAAGCUGGCUCUGCACUGAUACAGGCUUGCGAGAAGGCUGGAAUCGUCAUACCUAGAUAUUGUUACCAUGAAAAACUUAUGAUUGCCGGGAAUUGUCGAAUGUGUCUGGUUGAAGUUGAAAGAGUGCCAAAACCGGUGGCUUCAUGUGCCUGGCCUGUACAGCCAGGUAUGGUAGUUAGAACUAAUUCCCCAUUAACUCACAAAGCCCGAGAAGGUGUGAUGGAGUUUUUGCUAGCGAAUCAUCCGUUGGACUGUCCUAUUUGCGACCAAGGUGGAGAAUGUGAUUUGCAAGAUCAAUCUAUGAGGUAUGGUGCAGAUCGAGGACGAUUCCACGAGAUAACUGGCAAACGCGCAACAGAAGAUAAGAAUAUUGGACCAUUAAUCAAAACCUCUAUGAAUAGAUGUAUUCAUUGCACAAGAUGUAUUCGAUUCGCUAACGACAUUGCUGGAGCUCCGGAGUUGGGAUCCACAGGACGAGGAAAUGAUAUGCAAAUUGGGACCUACUUAGAAAAAAAUCUGGACUCCGAAAUGUCUGGUAACAUCAUUGACCUAUGCCCAGUUGGAGCUCUCACAUCUAAACCAUAUGCAUUCCGUGCGCGCCCAUGGGAACUUAAGCAUACCGAAUCCAUUGAUGUCCUUGACGGUCUUGGAUCCAAUAUCAGAAUAGAUUCAAAAGGAUUAGAAGUCAUGCGAAUCUUACCAAGAUUAAAUGACGAUAUUAAUGAGGAAUGGAUCAACGAUAAGUCCCGAUUUGCUUGUGAUGGUCUAAAAACUCAAAGGCUCACAACUCCUCUCAUCCGAAAAGAUAAUAAAUUUUUACCCGCCACUUGGGAGGUUGCGUUAACCGAAAUUUCGGCAGCUUUCCGAGACUUUGCUCCUAAAGGGAACGAGUUCAAGGCCAUUGCAGGAGAACUAAUUGAAGUCGAAUCAAUGGUUGCGCUCAAAGAUCUAGCUAAUAAGCUUGGAUCCGAAAACUUGACACUCGACCAGCCGCUAGGAAACCGACCUAUCGCUCAUGGUAUCGAUAUCCGCUCCAACUACCUAUUUAACUCGAAGAUCACAGGUAUCGAAGAGGCAGACAUCAUUCUCAUCAUUGGAAGUAAUACCCGCCAUGAAGCGGCCGGACUCAACGCGCGUAUUCGGAAACAAUGGAUGCGUUCUGACCUCGAAAUUGGUGUCGUCGGUGAGACCUGGAAUUCAACUUUUGACUUUGAACACCUCGGUAAUGACACACUUGCCCUGAAAAAUGCACUAUCUGGGGCCUUUGGGAAAAAACUUACUACUGCCAAGAGACCAAUGAUUAUUGUAGGCUCUAGCGUGGUUGAACACGAAGACGCAAGAUGUAUCUUUGAGAUUGUUGGGACUUUUGUUGAUAAAAAUAAGGCAUCAUUUUUAUCGGAUGAAUGGAAUGGCUACAAUAUUCUUCAACGGGCUGCAUCUAGAGUAGGAGCUUACGAGAUUGGGUUUACGACUCCAUCUACGGCUGUAGCUGAAAUAAAGCCAAAAUUUGUCUGGCUCCUCGGUGCAGAUGAAUUCUCGCCAAGUGAGAUUCCUAAAGAUGCCUUCGUUGUCUAUCAGGGCCAUCACGGUGAUCGAGGUGCACAGAUUGCUGAUGUAGUACUACCAGGUGCUGCUUAUACAGAAAAAACAGGUACAUAUAUCAACACUGAGGGUCGUGUACAAAUGACCCGCGCUGCAACUUCAUUACCUGGUGUAGCCCGCACAGAUUGGAAAAUAAUUAGAGCUGCUAGCGAAUUUUUGGGAGCUCCUCUACCAUACGAUGAUGUCGUAGCCAUUCGUGAUCGGAUGGCGGAUAUUAGCCCAUCUCUCACUAGCUACGAUGUUGUCGAAUCUGUUGCCCUGAAGAAUCUAAGUAAAGUGCAGUUGGUAGAUCAAAAUAUUGGAAGCAAGUCUACUGGCCGGCCACUUAAGAAUAUCGUGGGAGACUUUUAUUUUACGGAUGUAAUAUCUCGGAGCUCACCUACAAUGGCAAGAUGUUCUGCCGCGAAGAAGACUGGGAACCCAGAAACAAACUUCAUGGCUAGCGGAAUUUCAUCUGAUCAUCCGCAUGGUCAGAUAAGUUAUGGAAUGUGA